GGCAGCUAUUCACGAAGUUGCACUUAGGGUAAAUCAACUUCAGCGUAAAUUAUGUGGUAAAAUGGCUGAACCUCUCUACAACGACGCUCCCUUGCAGACAAAGACUCUUAAGCGAGCCGAGCCACCAGUGGCCCAGGACGGUGGCUGGGCCUGGCUGGUACUGGCCGGUACAUUCUUGUCACAAGCUCUAAUGUUUGGCUACUACGGAUCUGUGGCCGUCUACGUCCCUGUGUGGAUAGAUUUCUUCGACAGUUCAGCGACAGAAUCGAGUUUAAUUGUUUCUCUGUCGUCAUUCUUCAUGGGUCUUUUAAGUGUGGUUGCUGGUAUCUUGAUAACUCGAUUUAGUGUUAGGACUGUCUGGAUGAUUGGGGGUGUGUUGGCUUCACUGGGGCUUCUGAUAUCAGCUCUGGCUACCAGUACACUCUUCCUGACCCUAAGCAUGAGCUUGAUAACAGCUCUCGGUUUCAGCAUUUGCAUGAACUGCGGUUUUGUUGCCCUAAGCAUGUAUUUCAAAAAGCGUCUCACUGUCGCGGUUGGCUUAGCUUCAUCUGGCUUUGCAGCAGGUCAGGUAGCCCUGACUCCUCUGCUAGACUACCUGAUAGACCAAUAUGGAUGGAGAGGGUCCAUGGUCAUCACAGCGGGCAUUUUGUUGCAUGCUACUGCCUGUGGAGCCCUCGUACGUCCACUAUCGUCCAAGGCAGGCAAACAGGCAUCGAAGGUGCGACUGAAUUCUAAAACGAAAUCAGCAGACAAUGGUGUCGAGGCCCAGUCAAAAGCUACCGGUGAUUAUGCAGAAACAACCACCUUCGAAGAUUCAGUCAGAGUGUGUUUCGAUGACAAGGGAAUCUUGUGGCAGAAAAAUGAUGAUACCAACCUAAAAAUCACAUCUGAACCAAAGACAUCAGUUAGUGUUUCAGACGAUUCCUCUGUGCCGGGAAAAAUACCGCGUGAUCCCUACUCAAUUGAGAGUUCAGGAUCAACUAUCUCUCUUGAGACAAAAAAACAGAUAGCAACCCCAUCAAGGUCCGUCUCAAACCCACGUUCUGUUAGCACUUUGAGACUGUACCUUUCCCGAUUCUGGACCUUUAUGAUGGAGAGAUACGGUCUCUCACGCUUGUUUCGAAACCCAAGCUUCGUCUUGACCAUUCCCGUCGGCAUAGCGCACGGCUUCGGUUGGGCCUCUGUCGUGUUUCAUCUCGACGCGCGUGCCGAGUCGGUUGGUUUGCAGUCCUCCGAAGGAGCCACACUUCUGACUCUCAUGGGAGUAGGAGCCUUUGUUGGUUCAAUAAGUCACGGAUGGUUCGUCGAUAAAGGCUACAUCUCGCCAGUCAUUGCCUACAUCUUAGCCAUCCUCGGCAACGCUGUGACCUCUUUCAUCUUACCUCCUCUCGUCACCUUUGGUCCCUUGGCAGCAACUUGUGUUUUCUUUGGGUUUUCCACCGGUGUGGCAGAGCCGGUUAUCUUUGUGGUUCUUCAGGUUCUUGUUCAACCGUCGGAAGUGGCUGGAGCGACUAGUCUGUUUCUUGUGUGUUGGGGUACUGGGGAAAUAGUUGGAGCUACUAUCGCAGGUUGGAUUUACGACACCCUUGCAAGCUACAACAACGCAUACUUCAUGUCGGGAUCUGUAUUUACUCUUGCUGCAACCCUGGCAAUCAUGAUCUACUUCUUAGAAAAAAGGAAGUCGAGAGGACAGAACAGGGAAGCGGAUGAGGCGACUAUUGAGGCAGAGCGUGCACCUCAAAACCCUGGCAAGAAAUCCGGGGAUCGCCUUGAUGUGAACCCUGAGAGUGGUGUAGUGAAUCCAGUGUACUUAGGUGACAGCAACAACGAUAAUGCGCGUCGAUAUAUAUCCCCUGCUGAGAACAGUGCAAGAGGGCAAGAUCAGAGAUUGAGCCAGGAAGACGACAAUGAGUCUUCCUGUUAAUCCUAACGGUUGAAUCAGGAAUGGGGACGCUAAAUUGAUUAUUUUUUAAAGGGGAUGCAGAACUAAUUCGGAAUUGGUGAUUCAAUCAAUGAGCCCGAGCUGGACCAAGAGAGAGCGCAAUUUUCCCAGCAAGGGAGGCUCCUUUGGCGGGAACUGCACUUCACUGCUGGUUUACGAAUGAUUAUGAAAUGCACGCAUUACGGCCGCAGUGCUACUAACAAAAUAAAAACUCUCACCAAAUUGGCUUUUUCAACGACGAGGGUGCUUCUCAUCAAGGUAGAUUGAUUUUGUGUGCUUCCGUUUAAUCACACUUUCAAACUAGAUCUUACGAGCUGGCAUUUUGUGACAGAGUAGACACAAACUUUUCGACUCGGUUAAAGUCCAGUCCUAAUCUAACGCAACUUUUUGGCUGUUCUAGGAACAAUGAAAAAAUAUGCAGUGACGCAUAGUGGAAGUGUAUUAUAUUCGGUUUACAAUGAAAGAUCACAAUUGGUACGGAACAAAAGUUUAUUUCGAACAAAACUGACACUUGAAAAUGUAUCCGUGCUUGUACUUUGUGCAAUAAUCGUUCAUGUAAAAACAAAAUCCGACGACUUCUGUUGAAAAUAACAGACUACGGAGCCGGCACGUUUGAAUGAUUAAUGACUUCCUGGCACCAUUCGCCGCCAAUUGUAAAUAUGUUAACAUAAAGAACUUUAGUUGGGCAAAAUGUGUUUGUCAAACACCUCUAAUGUAUGUACUAUUACAUCAAGGUGUUUCCAGUCUUUUCAAUAAAUAGGCCUACCGUUUUACAAGUUA